UAUCUAAUCUUAUUCAAACAAGAACAGUUUGACAUAUGGUUCAUUUGAUUUCCAACUGAAUUUGAAACUAGAGAAUCGAUAUGACAUUGUUGAAAAAUUUAGCCGAUGUUUCCAAGGAGGAACAACUGAAAUUUGUUGAAUCUUUCGAUCAUGUCCUCACGGAUAUGGAUGGAGUUAUAUGGCUAACACAAAAAACGUUUCCAUUUUCGGUAGAAUGUAUGAAUUUACUGAAACAGCGAGGAAAAAUCAUUCGAUAUGCUACAAACAACCCUCUCGUCAACGUAGUAGAUUUAUGGAAAAAAUCAGUUCGGGAAGGUUUUAACGCAGAAAUUGCUGACGUUGUCAACCCCAUCUUGUCAGUUAUUUCCUAUCUGAAGUCCAUCAACUUCAAUAAAAAAUUAUACGUCGUUGGAGCAGAAAAGUUGAAAGAAGAACUUCGAAAGGAGAAUUUCAAACUUGCUUCAGACCCUCCUGAAGUAAUUGAAGAAUCUAUUUCUGUUGCCUUCCAACACAUUUCAGAUGAUGCAGAUAUAGGUGCGGUAAUAUUUUCAUUGGACCUCAGCAUGACCUUUAUUAAACUCCAGAAGGUGUUGACCUAUUUGAAAAGAAAAGACUGUUUGUUCAUAACUACGGCUAGUGACAAGGAGGUACCUAUUGGACCUCUGGGACCAAUCAUAGGUACUCGACACUUCAUUGAAAUGGUAGCGAUUUUAGUGGUAGAGAAGUGACUUUUAUAGGAAAACCUUCUGCGUAUUUUGCUCAAUUUAUAAACAAGAAAUUCGAUAUUGUCGAUCCAAAAAGAGCUUUAUUUAUAGGAGAUCAGAUUGAUCCAGAUAUGAAAUUUGGUUUCACAGGAGGUUAUCAAAAACUAUUGGUAUUAAGUGGAAUUUCAAAAAUUGAAGAUAUCAAAAAUUGGAAGCAUCCUGAAGAAUACAAACCUGAAUAUUAUAUCGACAGUCUGGAAGUUUUGAACAAUAUUCUAAAAUCGACUAAAUGAAGAAUUAGACACACAACUGAAUGAAAGCAGAUGUAAUGACAUAGGCAUGUUGCCUUACCAAACAUGUACCUGAGUAUCACCUCAUGUGUGAUAAUUCAUCUUUAUUUUCUCAACAACACGGUGUACUGUAUCUAAGUACCUAUGUAUGUAACUCGUCUCUUAUUUACCUAACCAACCUGACUGUUAUUAUACAAUGGUAUAUUAUCUUGAAGAAAUUGAUUUGAUCUACUGAAAUAUUGUUAAAAAACUUGAUGUAUUGAGGAACAAAAGACAAAAUUUGCUGACUUUCCGAGAGAAAGUUCAAAAAUUUUCAAUCAUCUCAAAAAUUUUAAAAGCUUGUGAUACUUUUCCAACUUUGAUAUUGUGCCUAUUUUUUUAUAAAAAAUGUUGAAGUCACCAAUCUCUCCCCGAAAAUAAUUAUCAUACGUGAAUUGAGAAAGUAAAUAACAAAGGACAUUCGAGAAGACCUACAACUUUCUAUGAGUAAUAAAAAAAUAAUUGUUUUAUUUUAAAUGUUUUUGGGUUGCCUACUACUCAGGAAACCUUCUUUAAAAUCAUCUGGGAUCAACAGUGGUAACAUAAAAAUUAAAUAAAAAGUACAGUAGGAUUUUAUAAAUGCU